AUGGAGCGUGCCAAGACUUCAUCGGCUUCUUCCUCCAACCCAAGCAAUACAUGGCGGAACCCAUCCCACCACCACCCAAGUCCAUCCUUAUCUGUUUUAUCGAUACUGCCUGAAGGCCAUUCCUCGACAUUCGUUCAGCUCUUUGGUGGUGGUGAAGAAGCACUGGACGUCCAAUCUACCGUCCUCGAAAGUCGACGAAGUUUGGCAAAGGGAAGCGUUAUGAGUCUCAUCCCCUCCAAAGUCGAAUCAUACCUCGGCUCGUUCCCCUUCUAUCGCCCCGUCCACAAGCUACUCAAGAGCGGAGAGACGCAGUUUUUUAAACACCAUGAGUGGUACGCCUUGUUGGCUCCAGAUGUAUUGGACUUUGCGACGAUGAAGGUGAAGAAGAGGAAGAAGAAGGAGCGGGUGAAGAGGAAGGAGACGAGGAAUAAUCAAACUAGGGUGGUAGUGAAGAGGAGAAAUGAUGAUGAUGAAGUAGUAACAAUAGUAUUAGCAAGGACUGAUCUUCAUGAAGGAAGCGUCAAGCAAAUCGUAGGCGCAUCUCUCGGAACUGAUAAUAUCGCUACCGUCAACCAUACCGCUACAGAACCACCGUCUUACUUCGCAGAUCUAUACAAGAAAAACGCACUACACGGUGCCCAUGUCAUAAAACUCGGUCCCAAGAAUGAUGAUGCUGCACGAGAAGCAUUACAAGCUUGGCCGAAUGGGUUACAGCUCGGUGGAGGCAUCACGAUUGAUAAUGCGAUGCAGUGGUUGGACUAUGGUGCUGAAAAGGUCAUCGUUACAAGCUGGCUAUUCCCAGACGCAGCCUUCUCAGAGGAGCGAUUACGGCAGAUAUCGGAAAAGAUUGGAACGGAGAAGCUUGUUGUCGAUGUCAGUUGCAAGCAACGAGACAACAAGUGGAUUGUUGCCAUGAAUAAAUGGCAGACGCUGACUGAUAUGGAUGUUAAUGAGGAAUCAUUAGGCCUCUUAUCAUCAUACUGUAGCGAAUUCCUCGUCCACGCUGCCGAUGUUGAAGGCUUGCAGAGAGGAAUUGAUGAACAGCUUGUUGCAGCACUAUCAAAAUGGUCUCGCAUACCAUGCACAUAUGCUGGUGGUGCCAAAGAUAUCUCUGAUAUCGAUUUGGUGAAUAUAUUGUCGAAUGGGAGGAUUGAUCUUACUUAUGGAAGUGCACUAGACAUAUUUGGUGGCAAAGGAGUCACACUCUCAGAACUAGUUGCAUGGAAUCAAAAACAUGGGCAUUCACGUUGA